CCGCCCCCCACCCCCUGCCCCCCCCCGUCGCAUGGCGGACAGGUCGCAGUGGACGGUCAUGACUGUGGAGCACAGGGAGACGGCGGAGAUCCCUUCCAGGAAUAAUCAGAUCAUCCUGAAUCAGCUGAGAGAGAUCACGGGCAACAGUGAUGUCAUCGCUUUACAGCAAGCGCUGCAGGCUGCGCAGGGGGAUGUGUCCCAGGCCGUCGCGUUGCUCACGGAGACGCCCAAUCAAAACGCGGGCUGCGCACUCUCAUCCAGCCAAUCGCAUCGCUCGCUCCCCGGCCAAUCGCAGAGCAGCACAAGCAGGCGUGAUUGACCUCACGGGCGACGACAAGGAUGACCUGCAGCGCGCCAUCGCCCUGAGCCUGCAGGAGACGAGCGAGCGCGCCGUCAGGGCCGAUCUCACCACCGAGGAGCAGGACAUCAGCCGGGUGCUGGAGGAGAGCCUGGCGGAGGCAUCGGGCCCCGGAGGAGUGAAGCGCAAGCGCGACUCCCCGUGCGCUUGCUCGUGCCCGCGAGAGGGCGAUGGUGCCAGCGGCGGCGCAGUGGAGGGGGACGUGGCCGUGUCGGCCGUGCGCACGCCGGGGGCUCCUGUUGGGCUCAAGAACGUGGGCAACACCUGCUGGUUCAGCGCCGUCGUGCAGUCUCUGUUCAACCUGCCUGGGUUCCGACGCCUCAUCCUCGGAUUCACCCUCCCAGACUCUCGGCUCCAGAACCCGCAGUCAGAAAAUGAGCGCGUGGGCCUGUGCUUCAUGCGGGAGCUGCGCGUGCUCUUCGCCCUCAUGGUCGGCUCCGUGCGAGGCUUCGUCGAUCCCUCCCCCGCCGUCCACAUCCUCAAGGGGGCCUUCCGGGGCGCGGACACCCAGCAGGAUGUCAGCGAGUUCACCCACAAGCUGCUCGACUGGCUUGAGGAUGCCUUUAGGAUCUCGGCUGAAGAAAGCAGGGACGACUCUCUGAAGACCGUCAACCCCAUGGUCGACCUCUUCUAUGGCCGAGCGCGCUCCAUCGGCACCAAUCAGGGGAAGCGGUUUGCGGUGCUCGAGGGCUUCGGACCGCUGCCCGUGCGUGUGUCGGGGUUCCACGACCUCCACGAGUGCCUGGAGCAUGCCACCAUGGCUGGCGACAUCGAGCAGCAGCAGCAGCAGCCGCCUGCUUGCGCCUCCUCUGGGCAAGAGCUGUGGUUCUCGGAGCUGCCCCCUGUGCUCACACUCGAGUUGUCUCGAUUUCGCUUCAACACGGAGGUUGGACGCCCGGAGAAAAUCCACUCCCGACUCGAGUUCCCCGACACCAUCUACAUGGACCGGUACAUGGAGAGUAACAAGGAGGUGACAAGGAUCAAGAGGGAUGAGAUCCGGCGCUUGAGCGAGCAGCAGAGCCACCUCCAGCAAACCCUAGCACGAUAUCAGAGCUAUGGGUCCGGUCCUCAGAGGUACCCGUUGGUUGAUAUCCUCUCCUGCGCCCUGCAGUUUGCAUCCACACCUCCUGCUACUGUCUUGCUCCCUCCUAUAUCCUUAGCCAAUCACAAGGGUUCAUCGUCCGCUGCUAAGCCACCUUGCACGCUCUCGACCAAUCACGUCACUACAUCUCCCACCGUCUCAUCCUCUCAAGUAGUCUCGACCAAUAACAUCGCUCUGUUUCCCAUUGCCGAGUCCACUGCAAUACCAUCAACCAAUCACGUUGUUUCAUCUCCCGCAGCUUCGCCUCUCCCUGUACUUUCAACUAAUCACAGUGAUCCGUCUUCCACUGUGCCGCCCACUCCUAUGCAGUCAACCAAUCGUAUUGUUUCAUCUCCUACCUCCUUACCUAUACCUGUACCUUUAACCAAUCACGUUGCGCCAUCUUGUGCGACCACUCCCACCCCCACGCCAUCAAUGAAUCACACAGCUCCAUCUCCUGCGGUCUUGCCCAUUCACAUAGCCUCGACCAAUCACGUUGCUCCGCCCAGUGUUGUGAAGUCACCGGCCGACCGGGCCUUGUUAGUGGAUGACACCGGCCCCGUGUUGAUUAAUGGGGUCGCCGAACUGGGAGUGGCUCUACCCCCUCCUGAUGAGUCAUCGAAACAGUCGAAGGCAGAGGCGCUGGAUAUCAACGGCGAUUUAUCCGAGAGCGAGAGCAUAGCUGCUCCGGGCUGCGUUGUCGCUGAUGAUGAAGUUCACCAACAGCGGCAGCAGCCGCAGCCGCAGCCACCUUCUGCAGCAGCCACCGUGGCUUGCGCAGCACCCGAACCGCACCACACGCAAGAACGCCACGGCGCUCGGUCGCGACAGGAGGUCCCGGCGCAGCAGAAGUCCGGCGAGCAAAAUCGGACCGGCGAUCCACCACCACCCGGGACCGAACAACGGACAGCCGACUCGCAACAGGCCAGUGUGCCGCAUCAAGGCAGCCUGCAGCAGGAGGCAAUGCAGGUGGACACACUGCAGGAGAACGUGCAGCAGGGAGAAGAGGAGGGGAGCCAGCAAAAAGACGUCACGCAGCAGCAGCAGCAGGAGUUGGCACACGGGGAGAGUAACCGGCAGACGGAGACGCAGCAGCGUAUCGACCUGCAGCCGGAGGCAAACCAAGUGAGCUUGCCGCAGGACACGCAGCAGCAGCAGCACCGAGGAAACGUGCAGCAGGAGCAUGUGCAACAGGGUACCCCACAGCAAGGAAACUUUCAGCAGGAGAACUCGGAGCAGUGUAAGGAGCAGCAGGAAGGCUCGACACAGCAGUGUGACGUACAGCGGGUGCAGGCGGUCGAGGCGCGGCAGGAGGGGGGGCGCCUGGAGUGGCACGGUUGCCCGGCGCCACAGGCGGUGACGGCGCUGGAGCUGGAGACGAUGAGGGCCGUGCUGAGCCGCUGGAACAGCCAGGUGCAGAGGGAGCUGCAGGAUCUUCAGGACAGCAUCUGUCGAAUCAAAAGAACCAUCGACUUAAUGUACACGGACAAGACCUUUAGACAGCUCCCGUACCGGCUGCACGCCGUGCUGGUGCACGACGGGCAGGCCAUGGCGGGACACUACUGGGCGUACGUCCGCGAGCACGCACGUCUGCCCGCCGCCAGCACCAGCAGCAGCAGCAGCAGCAACACCACCAAUGGCAACAGCGCAAGCUCCAACAGCAACAGCGUUGGUGCGAGUGAGGAGAGCUCGGGCUCCGGCUCCUGCUGGCGCAAGUUUAACGACGUGCGCGUGAGCCGCGCCUCCUGGGCCGAGUUGGUGCGCGACUCGUACGGAGGGGGCGCGCGCAGCGCCAGCGCGUACUGCCUGGUGUACGUGAACGCCCAUGCGCACGAAUUCACUACCGAGCUGGCGGGCGAGGCCGUGGGCGACCUCUCCUCCCUGUCGCCCGCCCUGCGCGACCUCGUCGUCAAAGACAACCAACGCUUCCUGUCGGAGAUGGCGGCGCGGGGCAAUGGGCCGGAGCGGCCCGCAGAGCCUGACGGGGGGGACACGCGGGAGCCCGGGCAGCGCGCGGAGCCGCGUGAGCACGAGCAGGAGGAGCGCCGGCACGAGCAAGCGCCCGCACGGGCGGGCCCGCCGCCGGCGGCACCUUCACGCGAGGGCGAGGGGGCCUCGCGCGAGCAGGAGCGGGCGGACAAGCACUCGCAGACGAACUCGCUCGAGCAGGAGGCGGAGCCGACGCGCGAGCACGUGAACGGACGGGCGCGUGCGGGCGAGCGAGAGGAGACGCGCGAGCGCGAUGGGCGCACAACGGACGUCGCAUCGAUCAGCGAGACCCAGAGGCAUGGCAGUGAGGCGGACGGAUCUGCGUCUCUGCCUGGCCGUGAAUUGACUCCAGCCCCGUCACCCUCACCUUCAGGCACGGAGGAAUACAUGAAAGUAGGCCCGGACACGCCGACGGAAAAGCCCAGGGUGGAGCGCGUCGUCGAGGUCUCCAUCCCGGACGUGGGGACCAUCGUCGUCCAGGCGGAGGAGCAUGGCUACAACGACGAGGUGAUGCUGACGCCGGCCAUGCAAGGCGUGCUCAUGGCGGUCGCUCGAGCCCGGCUCGUGCGCGAGGCUCAGGGGCCCGAGGCCACCCUCAUCGAGGCGUUCCGCGUAGAGUACGCGCGCCUGAGAGCCCUGGCGCAGGAGUCGUACCCGGACGCGUCCUCGCCCGCGUCGCCCCCCCUGGCGCCCGCGGGCACGUCGGGGGCGGCGGCGGCGGCGUGGCGCGGCCGUGAGGAGCGGCUGGAGCACGUCGUCAUCUACCUCUUCCAGAACGAAGCUCCCAACCGCGUGGUGGAGCGCGCUCUGCUCGAGCAGUUCGCCGACCGGAACUUGAGCUACGACGAGCAGCUCAUUAAGAUCAUGAAGGUUGCUCAGGCGAAAUUGCAAGAAAUCAGUCCUGAGGAUAUGGAUCCAGCUGAGUACCAGAAAUGGCACCAGGAGUAUGAGCUGUUCCGGCAAGUGUGUGUUUACCUGGUUAUGGGCAUCGAGAAAUAUCAGGAGGGCAGGUACACGGAGGCGCUGCCGUGCUUAAUGCACGCGCAUGCGGUGAACGAGGAGCUGCUGGCGCGCGGCCAGCGCCGGGGCGUGCGGCGCGACGUGCUGGUGCGCUACCGCAGGGUGUGCGUGCGGCGAGUCAACGAGGCGUGCGCGCUGACGUUCGGCACCGGGGACGUGGCCCAGGCCACGCGCUCGCUCGCCGUUAUGACGGAGCUGGUGCUGCCUGCCAUGGCGCUCUUGGCCCCGCUGGGCAGCUCCUGCGAGGGCGGCGACGCCGGGGACGAGGCGGCCGUGGCCAGGGAGUCCGACCUGUGCGCCGUCGAGCUGAUGCGCGACCGCUGGUGCUCCUACCUCGGCCGCGACGACAUGGCGUCCGAACUCCAGGAGCUGCUCACCGACUUCCUGCCGCGGCUGCUGGACUACCAGCCCGAGCCGGCUCCGCCGACACAGCUCACUCCUCCUCCCCUGCAGGGGCCGCCACCACCGCCGCCGCCCUCCGAGCCCCGCAAAUGCGAAUCUUCCGGCGACAACUGGCGCGGCCUGCGGGCCCCGCCACGCCUCAAGGCUUACUCGCCCCACACGCUUGCCGAGAAGAUGGCAGAAGUGCUCAGGGUGAAUCGGCCGCGCGAGGCGUAGCGAGCGAGCGGGCAGGGCGUGGGGUUAACGGGGGCGGGGGCUGCUCACCCGCAGAACUGAUUCUCAGCGCUGUUGUUUUGAUGCUAGGAACUUUGCCGGCUCUUCCCGGAAAUUCCGCAAAUGCUUCCUUUUGCUGCGAGAGUUUUCCCAGCUUUGGGGGAAUUCCCUCGAAUGUUUUCUUUGGCCCUGGAAUAUUUAUCAGCACUUCCCAGGAACUGAGCUGCCACUUCUUGCGUUGGCAAUAGAGGGAUUUCUUAGUUCUCCUCGGGAAUCCUGAAAAUUAUUCCUUCCGCUCUGAGGGAUGUCACUGUUCUUCCCAGAUAUCGUAGAAUGAUUCAUUUUGUCUUUGGAGGUGAAAGAGCAUUCUCAGCUCUUCCUGGGAAUUCUGCAGGUCCUUAGACUCUUCUUCAGCAUCAACACACACAAAACCACCAUUCCUGGAAACAUCCCAUUUCAGAAUUUGACUUGCGGAUAUUGGACCACGCCACUGGAACACAAAGGUCUACCCUUGUGAAGGACGCCACGGGUUCUUUAAUGUCCACUUCACAGCAGGCGAUGCACUCUGGUUGAUGAUGAUUGUGAUAAGAAUAACAUCUGACGAAAAUCACAGGGCAGUGAUGGGUGAUGGAACCGUCGACUCAGAGCAAACUGUCAAGCGUCGAGCGUGCUCAAACAACGGUCCGCCUGGCCGCCGCCAUUAGUGGCGGAAGAUUUUUCCACCUCUUUCCGGGAAUUCCCCGUGUGUGUCCGUGCGUGUAUCCGUGCGCGUGAUCUACAAAGCGUGUGCAAAGUCUGGCUUGUGAUCCCAUGGGAAGUAUUUUUUUUCCACAAACCCUCCCCCCCUUGUGAAUGAUGCCCUGACACCUGGGAAAAGUUAUGCGCUGUACGUAAACUCCGGGAAAGAUCCCCGGCACGCUUGCCAAAGUCUUAGGGAAGAGCCCGUUGCUUGCCGUGUCCUCAGCAGGCUCUCCCUCGCUACAUCCCGAGCCCACAUAACUGUCACGCUUGUGUUUUGCCUUGUGCUCGUCUCAAAACAACGCAGCAGCGCCGAGAACUCCUCGACUGGCCAUGGUCAUGAGCUUGAAACGAGGACUGCGCCGUCCGUCAUCCUUGGGCCGGCGUUGAUGUGAAGAAGCGAUCACGCGACGUUUUAAACUUUUAAAGUGCAAUUGAGGGAAUGGGGGUUGCAGGGGGUGGGAAAUUAAGAGGGACGACCCCGUGUAGACACGACCACAGAGACAUCGCGAUGGGCAAAGAUAAGCGUUGGUUUGCGUCGGUCUCUGUCCUUGAUCGUCAUGGGACAGUUGAUCAGCCUCUCGCACACCUUAUGUAUUUGUGUUACAAGUUUUGAGCUCGGUCACAGGCGAACUGAAAGAAAGUUUGUUGACGUAUUUAGUUUUGUUCUUUUGGUCGAAAUUGCAGGCAGGCAAGCCGGUGGUCACCUCCCGACCGUGCGGGUCAGAUAAUUGAAAGACGCUCUCGAUCUGAAGUGUUAGCUCCGAUGCCCGCGCAGGGAUGCGGAGUGAAUUAACGAUGCUUUGCCUGGUAUCCAGAUGCCACGAAGUCGGAUAAAAUUUGUUACAAAGUAUUGAAACUGCUGAAUCUUGACCCAUCUCCAAAACCCAACGUGUCCUUCAUGUCUACGUGGGCUUGUCCCUAGUACCUGUUGUUUGUGUCUCUCAUCUCGCUCUCUCGUCCUGUCGGUCUUGCACCAUUUCCCUCCCAUGUUUUCACCUCCCCCACACUCCACUUUAGCUUCACACUCCGGAAACGUUGCAUGACAAAAGCUCUUCCCAUCGGGAGUUGAGGGAGCAGGCGCUUUUGUGACGCUACCACUGGCGGGGCGGAACCGUUGCUCCGGUUGCUUGCCAAUGGUUAGUUUAACACGUAGUAGGCUUUCGCGACCAAUAUCCAUAAUAAAGGUUUUUUUUAGUUAGCCAUGAAUAUAAAUGUGCCGUUAAACCCGCCACCACCCGACACGAACAAUUAGUAAGGUUUGUCACGUAAACAGAACAUGCCAAUUCGUGCCUAGUUCAGUACAUCUGUGUGUUGGAGAGUAAACCCACAGCAUUUACAAUUCCAGUUUUGUGGGGUUACUUUCCAACGCACCCGUGUGCUGAGCUCGUAAUGAAUUGGCACGUUUUGUUUACGCGACAAAACCAUUACCAGUUGGCUGUAUCGGGUGGUGGAGGGUUUAAGGACACAUUUAUAUUUAAGCGAUCUAACCCAAAAAAAACCCUCUUAUGCUUGCUAAUGCUCACGUUGGUUUGCCGUUUGUGGAUCUCAACACACGUCCCACUGCACCCCCCCCCCCGCUCUGCUUGCCGAGUCCGUGAGCAUCCGUCGUGGACGGGGGUCAAUGAGUGUCUCGUGUCGUGUGAACAUCACUCCCAAGAAUGUGGAGAAAUUUAAAAUAAUAAUUGCACCUUGCGAACUGGCACAGUUAAUGCUGUCCGGCCAACAUGAAUCUAGAUCCACCACGGGCAGCUCGCCGGCUAGUGGGAGAGAAUCGGUGCAAAAGGCAAUGACUAAGAGAGAGGGCGCCACUGUGCGGGUUAUGUGAAUGUUUUGAUUGCGCACAGAUGUCCUCCUAGUCGGGCGCUAUGUGUCUGGACACUGAAGCAUUUCAAUUAAUUCCAGAUUCCCCCUCCAGGAGUUGUGUGGUCACACGAUGUUGUGGAACAACCUGGACGUCACAUCGCAGGCUUUUGACCAAUCUCACACAACCACCAAAUCCUCGUCCUCCUGCUGUGCGCAUGAGCGGUUCGCGGCCGUGCCUAUCUUUGUCUGCUCAACAAGCCCCCUCGGUUGUUGAAGCAGUUCAAGCUAAGUACGUUCGUUUGGACGCUGCAUCCUGCAUUGCAGCAGUUGCCAUUCAACGAUUCGCAAUCUAAUGUUACGAUAUGGAGUCGUAUCCAAAUUAAUUUUUGUCGUCGCAUGUGUUCCGUCUCAUUUGCACCGUUAAGCCUGAAGGUUGCGUUUGCGUAUCGUGCAUAAUGUCCAUUGAAUUCUGAAUGCGCACAACCUUUAAGCCACGUAUCUUGAACGUAAGAAUUUCAGUUGGAGAAUUGUUACAGGUGUACACACUUGCUAUUGUGUUGCUCUGCGCUUUUGUAGUCUUCACAGGUGAUGGCCUGUCGCGGGAGUCACUGCGUGGAGGAGUGGGCAGGGCAGUCGCAGGAAGCAAUUUCCCUUCGUCCUCUCACCCACAAGUGGGCCUGGCAGUAAACAGCCCCGGUCAUCAUGGCUUAUCGUCUAAAAAUAAUGCCCAACCUCCACACCGACACGGUGUCCUGACAGAGCCAGUGUGACCCCCCCUCCCCCCCGAUGGAUGACAACCCCAUUGGCUGGUUUCACUUAGUUUAUUUAAUGCAGUAAGUAAAACAAAAUGGGAAACUACAAAGAGUAUUUAAUGGUACUGGCUGGAGGGGUUGGCUCAACGCCCUGACAUGGCCGUUGUGAACCCAAAUACUGUACUUUAUUUUUAAGAUUGAGGUGUGGUGUGAUAAAUGCCGCGAUGCCAAUCCCCGCUGUUCGAGUCUGUGGGCCUCUCGGUCGGUGAAGUGCGUUUGCUUUUGUGUUGAAGUGCAUUUGUUGCCUGCAUUUAAGUUUUUUUAUGUUUAAAAAAAAAAACAGAUGAAAAUAAGCUUGACUCAAUUUCCCACCAGUUUUCCCUGCUACACUUUCAAAGGGUCUGAUACAUGUCACAGGAAGAAAAUACUAUCAGCCCACAAUGCUGCCGUUGUGUAUGGCUCCUUAAAUGACAUUGGUUUAAAACCCACUUUUCCACAAUUUAGUGCUUCGGAACCAAUAUUUACCCCCCCCCCCCCCCCCCCAGUGGAAUGGUUCACUGCCACUGUUCUCCCGCGCUUAUAUAAUACCCAUAACACCACUCUUCAGAGCUGCAACCUAAGGUGACGGGAAGUGUAUCUAAAUACGACGGGAGACCACUGGUGAAAUGCCAGCACCGCAGCGGGGUAGCAUGGGUCUCGCGCAGCGUCGCUUGGGCAUGGAAAAUCGGCGCUCCGCAUCGAGAAUGGACGACGGAGAAACAUCCACAGCCUGCGCAGUCAUUCAAGCACAGCUACCCACACAGCCGCUCGCAAACAACCGUGAUCCACGUCACAUGCGCAAACCACUAUACUUCUGGACUCAAAAGAAUCGCUUACGUGCAACAACACAGUCGCCAAGUUACUACUUGUGCGUCGCACGCAACGCACGCACAGUCGCACUUUAAUACACGACCGCCAAAGCACGCGUGUACAUUCUACUGAACUUACACAAUGUUAAUGCUGCUAGAGCGAGCGAUAAGACGUACAAAUGUAUAUUGUUACACGCAGCAAACUCUCGCCGGGGGACGGAACCGUAUUCGUCUGUCAUGCGAAUUGUACGCACGGUACGUGCGAGGUUUUCACGGCGGUCGUCCGGGUGUUGUUCUCCAGUGCUGCUUUAGCUGUGUUUGACGCAGCAUUGAGACUGACCCACAGUAAUGGUUAUGCUCCACCUGUAUAUCAAAUAAAGACAGCGGACAUUAA